AUGGGUGCCUGUCCCACUGAGUUGUCCGUGAUCACCAAGUGCAGUCCUGGUGUCAGGGUGCCCUUUUCUCUCAGUGUCAUCAUCACUGAAAUGAACUCUUCAGUGGAGGUGCUCCUUAAGAACAGGAGCUCUGUGAUGGAGCAGGACAAUGGCCACUUGGGGCCUAGGGUGAGUGAACCUUGCCCCUCGCCCGUCACGGCAGGGACAGGAGCCAUUGACCUUAGCCACAGCAUGGAGAGCCUGCGUCUCAUCCUGUUCUGUUCUGCCCUGACCAGCCUCCUGGUGCCCGGGAGAAGUGUGUUCAUUAACCAGGACCAGGCCAACGAUGUCCUGGUGAGGACUCGCAGGGCGAACUCGCUUUUUGAAGAGAUGAAGAAAGGGAACCUGGAAAGAGAGUGCAUGGAAGAGACUUGCUCUUAUGAGGAAGCCCGAGAAGUGUUUGAGGAUAACGACAAGACGAAUGAAUUCUGGAACAAAUAUAAAGAUGGCGACCAGUGUGAAACCAGCCCUUGUGAGAAUAAGGGCACGUGUCAAGACGGCCUUGGGGGGUACACGUGCAUCUGCGAGGAAGGAUUUGAAGGCAAAGACUGUGAAUUCUUCGUACGGUCACUCUGCAGCCUGGACAAUGGGGGCUGUGAUCAAUUCUGCCAGGAGGAGCAGAACUCAGUGGUGUGCUCUUGUGCCAGCGGGUACUUCCUGGGCGACGACGGCAAGUCCUGCAUCUCCACAGAGCCCUUCCCCUGUGGGAAGCUUACUGUGGGACGCAGCAAAAGGUCAGCACCCCAGACCACCAAUAGCACUGAUGCUGUCCCCACCUGGAAUAUCUUGGAUGACCUGCCUCCCACUGAGAACCCUAUGGACCUGCUCAACCUCAACCAGCAGAACCUGACGGACCAGGAGAAGGAGAGCAGGGACCUUGGCCGGAUUGUGGGUGGCCGGGACUGCAAAAACGGCGAGUGUCCCUGGCAG